AACUCUGAGAACCAGAAACGGAUCAGGAUGUCGGCCAGCGAGAAAAAGAACGGCGAGAUGUCGUUCGAGGACAUACAGCGGCGUGCCACCGUCACCGUCUUGGCAGCCGUUAAAAACUCCGGCGUCAUCCGGUCGCGUUCCCUGAAAGUUCUCAUCGUUACUACCGGACUCCUGCACGUUUAUAAGCGCGAGAGCAAACAUGAUGGAGCACCUAAACGAUACCUCAUCACCGACGAAACAGUUUUGACGGUUUUCAACUGUUGUCCUGAGAGUAAAAACCGUCACAAGCUCCUCAUCCAUGGCCCUAACAACUAUAAACUUGACAUUAUCUUUGAUAACGCUUACAACCAAGGGAGGCUGAUUGAGGCCUUGCUGGGAGAAGGAGCUAGAAUAAACGACCCAAAUUCAAAUUUAAUUUACGCUGAAUAUCUCUCGACCAAAGGUGCAACUGGCGGUGAUGACCAAUUGAAUUUGGGAAAGUUAACUAAACCUGCUAAAUCAAAUCAAGGAUUAAAUGAGACAGCUGACAAAUCUAGCCUGAAGGCUAUCAGCACUCAGAGCAGAGAACGAACAGACAACGCGUACGAUGUUGUCGUUUUUGGGUCAGCAAAUUUUGUCGAGAACUGCUCGGUCAGUAAAGAGGCUCGAUAUAAUAAGAUGUCGUCCUUGGAUGCGCUUUCUGAUACCACCUUCAUCGACAGCUUGGAAGAUGUGGGUAACCAGGAUGAAGGGAUCUAUUCCACAACCGUGAGAAUCGAUGACUGGGUGGGUCGGUUGGACAGAAUAGAAUCUGAAAACCCUAAGGUGCAAGGUGAAGUAAAUGACGGGGAUUUAAAUGCAGAAGGAAAGUUGACAGAAAAAAACAUCAACCACGUGGACGUUACUUUGCCCAAUGUUAGAGAGGGUAAAGUAGUAGAAGUCGACGAAAGUCUAAAUGGAACAAGUUUCGAAUCUAAUGACCAAGGAAAAAUCCCUCACGAAGAAACCAAUCCUGGCAAUGACCCGGUUUCAACAUCGGAUGUCCAGAAACGAGGAAACGAACAGGGGCAAGAAUGCGAAUAUGAAACCUUCGUGGCUGAUUCCAAUGUAGAUUUGUCAACGGGAGAGGAAGCAACUCAACGGAAAACUGACGAAAUGAAAGCAGGAGAAGCAGGAAAUGACAUUGGAGGAGUACAGGAAACAGAAUAUGAAGCAAAGGAUUCAGGAAUAUAUGAACAGCUGUGGCUAUCGUCGACCAGUUCUCAGCCAGAAGAACAGAUUCUGAACUUGUCUGGUGUGGCGGAUGAGGUUUGCUCAGGAACUAUGGUGUGUCAUGAUGGAAUUUUGAUAGAUCAACAGAGACAGGAGAACGAUAUUUUGCGCGAAACUGGUCAUAGUGUCACAUUAGCUAAUUCGAACGUUGUUAUAGAACCAGAACAACACAUAUCCUCCGAAGAAUCGACAACGCAAAAGACUACAGAAGAAGUUAAUAAUUCAGACCUACAAAAAAUUGGCGAAGCUCCCGAAAAUGGCCAUAUAAUUUCGGAUUCAGGAAUGCAUGUUCAGUUGUUUCAACAUUCGAAUAGCGUCCAUACAGAACAAAUCUCAGAUGAAACUUUUUGUUCAGAAAGAAAAACCCAGGAAAAUGAUGCCCAGUCUUGUGGCCUGGGCUCGGAUGCACUUGGCACUGGUAAUAUUUCCAAAGUUGAAUUUCCCCAAAUAAACUUUGCUUCCCACAACGAUGAAAACAUCUACGAGACCUUCCAAUUGACACCGUCGAACGUAGGCAAUUCAUUCGCUGAUCACGUUCACUCUGCGGACGACUACGUACGGGAAAAUGAGCUUGAAAUAUCCGAUGAAAAAGAAAAGGAAAGAGAAAAUUUAGACAAGAAUGUUAAAAAUGGAACUGAAUUUGUUCAACAUGAAAAUCCGCAAGAAUGCAGUGCAACUACUAAUGGAAUCAAAUCUAGCUCUCCAAACGAAGAGGUAGAUGGUGUGUUAAAUACAAUCGACGAAGAAGUUUAUUCUGUUCUUAAUCAUGAUUGCAGCUCCCCCAAAACCUCAUUGGGUGACAGUGCUUACUCUCAAAGUGGAGUCCAACCGUGUGAAAGCGCGUUCUGUAAUUCAGAUAAAUGUGUUCUCCUCGAAAAUAAAUCGUUAUCUAAUUCAAAAGCUGCAACUGCCGAUGAUGCUGCAUGUACAUCAAAUGAUCCAAUAUUAGUUAAUAAUUCAAGUUUAGAGGAGAUAAUUAGACCCAUUAAGACACUCGAUCAAAAUAGGUCCUCAAUUGUUGUCAUUGGAAUCAUCGAACCAAAAGAUUCAACAGAUGCAGAGAGUAUUUACUCAGAUAUAAAAUUCAUGCAGUCACGAGCAGCGUCCAAAGCUGCUGCUUGGAACUAUGACGGACGCUUGAAUACGGAACCUAUAAUGCCGCCAGAAGUAAAUGCAGACCUGCACUCGUCUAAUGACAGCAGCGAGUACAAGGCAGGUCGUAUUGACGCACCACCCACAGAAAUAGAAGGAAUUUCAAACCUAGGAGAAAAUUUCGUAGAACGCAGUCUUGAAUUGGACCUCGAUGGCAGAAUUUCCGAAAAUGAGCAUGCCGAUUUAUCGUCCAUCACAGAAAAAGACCCAGCCUUAGCCCAAGAAAGAACAAUAACCUUGGAAACUGGCUCGUUGGAAGUGGCUGACCGGGAUUCAUCAAAAAGUAAAGGUAAUCAAACAACGCCAUCAAAUAACGUGACUGACGAACGACGCAACACGCCUGAAGAAGGCGAAAAGAAAGGAAGUACUUUAAAUCCUGAAAACCACGAGAUUAAAGCAUUUACGGUUGCAGCAUUGAUUAAUGACGACGUGCAAUCCAAUCUUCCGCAUCUUUGCACAAAUAAUCCGAGUGAUCAGCUUAUUACUACGGAAACCAUAGGAGAAACUAAACAGCAGGCAUCAGAAGCAUCUAACUCACACUUGACUUGCCAAGCUGAGGAUACUGUACACCAGAAAACAGGAAAUGCUGAAAUUUUUUCAUCUCAGAGUAUUUACACUUUAGAUAAAAUGGAAGUAGAAACAUCAACCCAAAACGCAUCCAAAAGGAAAGAAGCUAAUGCAGAAAUAGAAACGAACUCAAGGAGAUAUUCAACAGAUCUGAUUGAUACUUUUACACGAAAAUUUACUGAAACUUUCACCUCCGAGAUGAGCCCGGUUAUAACUGAUGUUUCAGUAGAACGCGUCGACUCUCGAAGCCAAUCACAUGAAGACGAGGUAAGUUCACUUAUUUCCAACAGGGCUGAGAGUCAAUACGACCUUAAAACUCUGCAUGGCCUUGAAGACUCCGGCAUGGAAACAUCCACGGCAAGUUCAGUGAAUAAAUCUGAAGAUGAAUUCAAUAAACCUGCAUAUGCUCUGACGGGGAGAAAUUAUCGCGAGGGAAAUACGUUCGAUAAUAAUAAUCCCUCAGAUAAAGUUUUUGAUUUAGAAACUUGCCCAGCUGAAGACUAUUAUAUGAGAGCAGGAGAAAAUAAGGCUGCUGAAGAAGUUGGAGAUUUAUUCAUUAAAAUAAAGAACCGCAUUGAUGAUGACGACUUUAUUAAUGACGAGGAAUGGCAAACGGAAAACGAAGAAGAAGCAUUUCGUGGAGCGGACGCCUCAAACGCGUCUUUAAUUGACGUCUCAGGAGGCAGAAUGCAGGAAGAAACAAUCGGAGCAAGUGAUUCUUCUAGAACAAGCGGAGAAAAGUUGAGUUUUGAACAGAUCAUGGGUAAAACUUUGAGUUCUAAAAAGGUUCGAUUCAACGAUGAUGUGCAAGAGAGGCUGUACGCCAUAUCGUCGGAUGAAGGUGAAUCAACUUCCAAUACCGAUUGCGAAGAUGAGAAACCCUCCGAAUACCUUCAUCAAGCAGACAUUAACUUGGACGACUCUGUUGACAAUCUUUAUGAGCUUAACAGUUCUGCUAGCGAGAGCAAUGACAUUGUUCAAAAUGAUAAAGAUGAAUAUUCGGACGUAGAAGAUUCAGGGGAAAGCCUUUCUGGGCCCGAGGAACUUCCAGUCGAAAUCCAAGACAACGAAUCUUCACACAACGGAAUUGAUAUUCAUAAGAGAGAGGAAAAGUCAUGCCCGAGUUUUGCCCCAUCUCGAAUUCCAACAGCUAUUCGAACAUUAAAUUACAACUUGCGGGAACGCAGGUCUUUGGAAACCAAAAUGAAGGAGGAAAGAAAUAAAGCGAGCUCAGAAAAAUCAAUUAUUGAACAAAAUUUACCAAAUGAUUUACCCAUUGUGAACUUGCAUCCUGAAGCCCAAACUUCAUCAAAUUCUCAGCUAUCGACAGUUCACUGCGAAAACUCAGGUUUGUGUAUGGUGGAUGUCACGGGUAAUGGUACAAAGUUCUUCAAAAGGCUAAUUCGAAUCGACGCCGGUUUUUUACUGGUUCUUCCUGCAAAAGAACAUUUACAAAGUGAUAGCGAAUUACAGACCAGCCUGGUCACACCGAACGCAACAUCUUAUCGCCAGCAAGUCGUGUUAGAUAAGAUUAGCCUUAAAGGAGCAUCGGUUCAGCCAGGACUGCACCCGAGCAGCAGCGGCCUAUUCAACAUCGUCUUGCAACCGGCGCUGCAUAACAGGAUCAACAUUCAGGUGCCGACUCGAGACGAGCAGAUGAGGCUCACGCUGCUACUCUCCGAUGAGGUGGUGAGGGUGACGCCGGAGCCUGAGCGUCCUAAGCUCCUGUACCCUUCAAAGCCCACAAAACUACAGCCCGACGUCCUAAAAACUCCCGGACCUGAAGACUUGAUCCACAAAGAAGAAAGUCCGUCAAGUCGUAGCCGUGAUACAUCCGACGCGGAGUUGUGUAUUCCUCCAGAUGAGUUUGCCGUCAGAGAGCUUGAUUUCAACGUAAAUAGACCAUUAGUUUUAGGUACCAACAGCAGCACCGAACAAGCCAUUGAGGGAAGUGAAGGUAAUCACUGCAAACGAAUAUCAAUCAAAGAAUUUGCUCUAGAUUCGAAUAUCAGCACAACAACUCUUAACAGCAGAGUGUUGAAAAAUUCUCACACUGAGUCAAACGACACAGAAAGUACAUCCAGUGUUAGGUCACAUGAAACAUUACAAUUCGAUUCACUGGCUCCAAGUCUUGAAACUGAGAAAUCAAGUCAAGAACGACCGUCAACUGAAAAUCAACACAGCCCUAGUUUUUCGACUCAUUUUGUAGUGCAGCAGGAGGAAAAAUAUAUCGAAAAAGGUUUUGAAUAUUCUUCUCUUAAAUUGAAAAAGAACAAACAGAAAGCAGCAGUUAAAAAAUCGAACAAUGGAAGAGAUCAUUCCCUCACUGACGCAGGCAAAGCCAGUAAGCAACGAAUCCACAGCUUUCCAGGUUCAAAAACAUCCAACAGCAUUACUGAUUCAAAACCACAACCAACGGCAGAUAGAGUGCAUCGAAACAAUUCAUCUCGAAAUUCGCCAUUUUUCGGUCAUGUAUCGGCUAUGAAAAACAUAUUUGAGAACAUUUCAACGAACGAAAAUAUGAAACGUAAUACUGGACAUCAAAGGAAAGCCUCACUCGAAUCAUCUUGCAAAGACUCGAUGGCAUCUUCGGAAGCUGCACACCCAGCAGCCAGUCCAUUAUCUUCUGCCCUCAGCCAUGUUCCCUCAAAAGAGUCGACCCUAAAUGCCACCGCGCCUCAGCAGCGGGAGGCCGGCAUCCGCCCCUCUGCCUGCGCCCCUGCGACUGACGCCUCGACGCUCACUUCUCACAACAGUUCCGAGGUGGAGCUCAAUAAAGAAGCCGUCGAGAGCCCCAAUCAAGUGAAGCGGGAGGUGAUGGCCAUGAAGGUGGCCGUGGCGGCGCUCAGGAACGAACGCAGUCAACUUGUCGAGCGCGGCGACGCGCUCUGUCGGCAACUCGCGUCAGACUCAACUGGGGGUCUAGAGUAAGAAAUUCACUGCAUGCAGUUUUUUUAUUAUCAUGUUCAUUGAAAAACUAAAUGCAUGGAAUUUUCUUGAAAUUAAAUUCGUUGCAAUUUUGUUCCAGUCAUUAUCGAGCUAAGAUUAUAGUGUUCUUAAAUUGUGUUGUAAGUCUAUUAACCUUUAAAAUUCAUGCGUUGAACUUAUUAGUAUAAGGCAAGUUCAAAAUAUCUAUCGAGUAUCAAAGUUCAAAAUAUAUUUUGCAAAAAUUAAGUAGUUUAUCUUUUAUGUCUUGCGUAUUGGUAAGAACACCUCCUAAUAAAGGAAACGUUCAUUUGGACAUUGAAUUUUUUUUAUCAUUUGUCCAUUCAAUUAACGGGUGACGUGACUCGUACCAGACUUACAUUGAACAUAAUUCUGAAGACUUCAAAGAAUGUAAUGUUUACCUAUUUUUUAAAUUUUAGUUUCAUGUUUAAUUCUUCAUGAAUCAGAAUAUAGUUCAGAGAACUUCUGGUUUGAGCAGUUUUGGCGCUAGGACACGAGAAUUCAGUUUUGGUUAUAAAGUGUAAAAACAUCGGUCUGUUUGUCACGAGUGCAACAUUAUCAUAAUUGCCGAUAUGACGAACAUUUUGAUUCGCAUCAAAAUGUCUACACUUUGAUAAAUUUGAUGCCUUGUUUUAUUAUACGAUACUAUAGACGCCUUUUUCAGUUGACGAGUUUUUUUGCAAUUUUUGCUUUCGGAUGCUUAUAUUAAAAGAUCCGCUGGUACGUUGUCGUGCGGAGGUAGCAUGUAAACGUGCUUCGUGGUGGGCGUACUUAGCCCUAACAAUGUAAAUGUUUAUUUUUUUUUUCAUUUCCGAGGUGUGUUGAUGCACUUAUUUUUACUCUGCUUAACUUUAUAAGUUGCUCGUGACUUUACAAUGAACUUUUUCAACAUUUUACAAAGAAGAUAGUCUAGAACUUCAUCUUCCAAGUUAAAACACAAACUUUGUGAAUGAUUUCAUGGUCACUUUGGCAGCAUUUAACUUUUUUCUUUUCCGCUGUCCCAAAAGAUGUAUAUUGUUCAAGCUGUUCACUGAUACAUACAUGUUCACUAAUACAUUUCCUGCCUCCACAAAGUAUUGUUAUGUAUUUUAAGGACGUUUUUUUAUUUUCACUAUCUUCUGCAUGAGCAUGCAUGAUCCCUGUAUUGCAAAGUGUUCAAUAUGAGUUUAAUACAAUUUAGUCUCUUCCUUAGAUGAUGUUGAAACAUGGAACGAGUUCUAGUAAUCUGUUUCUAAAGCGAACGUUUCUUAGUUUACUCAAUAUUAUUGGAGUUCAUUUAUAACGAGUUAUACAACGCAGGUAUUGAGCGUAGCAAGACGAACUGAACAUGUUCAAAUGUUUCAGCACAAGUUAGCAUGUUCAAAUGUUUUGACAGAAGUAAGCAUGUUCAAAUGUUUCAGCAAAUGUUAGCAUGUUCAAAUGUUUCAGCAAAUGUUGGCAUGCUGAAAUGUUCAAAUAUUCUGAUAUUGUCAACAAGUAUAACUGUGCAGGUUUAUUUUGAAAUCAAUUACAAUGAUGCAGAAUUAGGGGAAUUAAUUAUGUGAUGACGGUUUUCUUAGUGCAUGUAAACACUGAAACGACUUAGACCAUUAUUAAAAAUACAAUAGUUAUUUUUGAUAACGGGUAAGAUUCAUUCAGUUAUUUAUUUAAUGAUAUUAAAUAUUAUUAUGAAUUUAUUUGUUGGUGAUAAUCACGUGGGGAUUCCUGUUCAAUUCUGACCGCUGUUUCGAUGACUCGUCACUCAUCACUAGCUCUUCGUCCCUUGGUCAGUAGCAACAACCCUCUGGUUAUUUGUAAUUAUUAUGCGUGCAGUGAAGCAUGCUGUUCAAAAAUAAUUCUGUAAAUGCCUCAUUUUUCAUGUUAGUAAAUAAGGAAAGAAUACUAAAAUUAAAAAAAGAA